AUCUUCCUAGUCUUCCACUAUUUAACCAACUUCUCUAUCACACUGAAAUACAACCUAAACAUAAACCUGCAAUUGUUGAUGUCCAAGCUGAAACAUUUCACUCCUAUCACCAUCUAGUUUCAGAUAUUGUAGAAUUAAGAAAAAGAUUGUUAACAAAUGCAGAUAUAUCUAUUGAGGAUUUAAAAGAGGCACGAGUUGCUUUUUUAUGCCCAAAUGGAUAUGAUUAUGUUGUGUCUCAAUGGUCAAUUUGGUCUGCUGGUGGAAUUGCAGUUCCAUUAU